GUGGGGGCAGGAUCUCCUCGUGAGGAGAGGACGAGAAGUCACCUGGGGAGGAGGAGGAGGAGGAGGGAGUCGCCGCCGCCACGACGGAGGCCAUGACCGGGUUUCGGGGACUUCUGAGGGCCCAGCGCCAAGCUCGGCGAGUGGUCUCCCUGCUUCACCGGUUUCAGAGUACACUGGUAAUAGCUGAACAUGCCAACGAAUCUCUGACGCCUAUUACGUUAAACGCCAUCGGUGCAGCAAAACGUCUCGGAGGUGAAGUCUCGUGUUUGGUAGCUGGCAACAACUGUGAAAAGGUAGCUCAAGAGCUGGCCAAGGUGCAAGGGCUUGCCAAGGUUCUCCUGGCCCAGCAUGAUGCGUACAAAGGACUUCUGCCCGAGGAGCUGACUCCAUUGAUCUUGGCAACUCAGCAGCAGUUUAAUUACACCCACAUCUGUGCCGGAGCAUCUGCUUUUGGGAAGAGUCUUCUUCCCAGAGUGGCGGCUAAGCUUGAUGUCGCUCCCAUCUCGGAUAUAAUUGAAAUUAAGUCACCUGACACGUUUGUGCGAACUAUUUACGCAGGAAAUGCCCUGUGCACGGUGAAGUGUGAGGAGAAAAUAAAGGUGUUCUCUGUUCGAGGGACAUCCUUUGAGGCUGUCCCUGUCAGUGGUGGCAGUGCUAGCGUAGAAAAAGUAUCAGGUCCGGCACCUGUUGGUCAAUCCGAGUGGCUUGAGCAAAAGCUGACCAAAAGUGAUCGACCAGAACUGACCAGCGCAAAAGCUGUCGUAUCUGGAGGUCGAGGCUUGAAGAGCGGAGAGAAUUUCAAACUGUUGUAUGAUCUUGCAGAUCAACUGCACGCUGCAGUUGGUGCUUCUCGUGCUGCUGUCGAUGCCGGUUUUGUACCCAACGACAUGCAAGUUGGACAGACGGGGAAGAUUGUAGCACCAGAACUGUAUAUCGCCGUUGGAAUAUCUGGAGCAAUCCAACAUCUCGCUGGAAUGAGGCUCUUGCACACUGUGUUAGCCAUCAACAAGGACCCAGAAGCCCCUAUAUUCCAAGUUGCCGAUUAUGGACUGGUAGCAGACUUGUUUAAAGUUGUUCCCGAGUUGACAGCUGCGCUGAAAAAAUAAAAUCGUCAAGGGCUUCGGCUAAACUGGAUGUAACUUCGGUUUUGAGAGAAAUAAUUUCUAAAACCAAAAUAUAAAUUAUAUUUCAUCGAACUAAAAAUAUAAUACCCAGCUAAUUAUUGCCAAAAGCAUAUUCUAGAUGACCUUUAAAUGCCUUGUAAUAUACCCACUUUCUGCCUUUUCAGCUCUCAUGUAGCUGCAAAUUACUUCUUAAAUGUUUUUCUAACUAUGUAAUAAAACCUACAUAACAUACUUGAUUUUAUAUAA